GUGAAAUAUGCUAAUCGGGGGUGUGUUUUGUUUUGCAAUAAAUUGCAACAAAUUUUCAAACUUCCUCUAAAAAAAAAGUACACCCUUUUUGACAAGUUUCAAGCUUUUUGCAGCAGAAAAGGUAUGAUUUUAUACGUUAAAGUUGUUGAUAAAGUAGCUGAAAUGCUUUGCUUGUCCGACACUAGUUUAAACGCUUUGUUUUCGGGUACAUUUUAUAUAGAAGCGAUGCUCGACUGUUCAAGUGCCGUGACUGUGCAAAUUUUAGAAAAGUUUACAUCAAUUUAAUGUGGCUUUAAAUAUAAUAAUCGGCUAAUAUCUUUUGGAAUUCUGGGCGUUUCAAAGCCCUAUGGUAUAUUGCUAUAGUAUAAAUAGUUGUUUUAUAUUUAGUUUGGUAUUGAAACGGGAGAUUACAAUAAUAAUGCCUACAUUUUUGGUCGAGUAUUUGGUUGCUUUACAUGUAAAUACUAGUUGUACAGUACGUUUGCAAUCCAAUGUUGCCACAGUAUUUCGAUACUUUAAAUGUUCUUAGCUGUAAAAAUGCGUCAUUUUUUAUGUUUUAUAACUAGGCAUUGGGGAGGAAGUAUCAGCAACCCUCAACUCUGUCCUUUGUAUAUAUAAUGGCUCUUCAAUUACCUGAUAUUAGAUGUAUUUCAUUUUCUUUAUACAAAAUGUUAAAUCAAUCAAAUAAUUGCAGGGUGUCAGUAAGCGUUUCUACAGGGAUAUUGAUCGACUUGUUAGCACUUACACCAAAUGAAAGUAUGUUCCUGUUUUAAAAAAAGUGGGCCGGGCGGGCGGAUUUUUAUUUAUUUUUUUACAAGCAUAUGUAGCCUAUUUCACUUUGAAAAAGCAAUUAAACCCAUGGACACAGAAUAGGAAGUUAUACCAGAAGCGUAACUCGAGCAAAUAUUUGUCCGCGUUUUUACAAGCGAUUCGUCAUCAAUCACGCCAUCCUGGCUAGUACAACCGGCACUUUGUACCUACCAAAUCCUGAUAAAAACUUCCGGCUGUACUAGCCAGGAUGGCGUGGCCUGACGUGAGCGAGUUAAAAUUUUCGUGGACGUCAAACAAUAAAGGAAACGACUAGAGUUACGCUUCUGGUAUAACUUCCUAUUCUGUGCCAUGGAGCAGCACUCCUCCCUUCAUGAGUAAAUUGUUUGGUAUUAGACAGGGUAGCAUAGGAUAGGGAGGCGCAAUGCAACUUGUACAGUUGCAAGCAAUGAAUGUGUUCCAAGUAAUUUGCACACAUGAUGUGUUUGAGUUAGCAAUUCAUUUGAUAUGUUUGAGUUAGGCGAAGUUGUGAAAUAUUCUCGCCCAUGGAAGUGGGUUCAAUAGUCGAUGAACUUGUAUGUCUAGUCCUAAGCACAUACACCUGGCUAGCCAUAGAUUCUUAAACUUGUGUACAAUGUACUGCAUUCUGGAUAUAAUGGGUCAACCCAUUCAGUUGCAUUGUGCCCUAAUGCACCUUACUUUAUCAUUUUACUCUGUCUAAUGCCAGAUGAUUUUACUCAUCAAUUAAGGGGGACCGCCGGUGCUCAAUGGGUUAAUUUAAGGUUUUUAAUUUGCACUAGAAUCAUGUCUGGUUAUCCUGGUGGAUACCCUGGUUACCCCCCAGAUCCUGUAAGUAUCGAUAUUUACGACAAUAAUUAUUGAUGUAAAAAUUAUCCUAUUUUUCAUUGGAUCAGCGUAAUUUAUUGGUUAAUUUGGAUCAAAACGGGUUAUUUUUCUUUCCAGUAUGGUGGUUAUCCACCUGCCGGUCCAGGUUAUCCCUCGGCUGCACCUGGUUACCCUCCAGCCGCACCUGGUUAUCCAUCUGCCGCACCAGGUUACCCAGGGGCUGCACCUGGUUAUCCAUCCGCAACACCUGGCUUUCCCCCUUCUGGAGGCUAUCCACAACCCGGUUACCCAAGUGGUGGUGGUAAGAGGCUUUCACAGUGGGUUAAGAUUUGUAGGGAUGCGCCGGAUAUCAUAUCCAGCUGGAUAUUUGGGUCAAAUUACUAGUGCUGGGAAAUGUCCGGCUUUGCCAGGGGCACAGCGGCCAAGAAAUGUUUAACAAAAUAUCUUUGCACGAGUGUUUUGUCAUCUCAUAUGCUGGAAUGCCAUAUAAUUUACUUCCCGACAAUUUAGUCCUGCUAUGCAAAUUCAAAAUUAUUAUCAUUAUUCAUUUCUUUAGAAAUAGAUUGUUUUCACAGUCAAUGAACAUGAAAAUAUUUGCAUAGCUGGACUAAGUUGUAUGGCUGACUACAUUAAGCGUUUUGCAAGUCGAGAUACCGCAAAUUGAAGUUUAUCCCAAUGUGCGACACCGCACGUUCUCUGAAAUCUAUAUAUCAGCAAGUUUUAUGUUAGAUCUACACAGGAAAUUUUUAUUUUUGGAUUUGCUGAUAGGAAGAGAAAUAUGUUUUCUUGGCAUGGUUGAUAGUAAGAUCAUCUCCAGCUUGAAUAUCUGGUGCAUCCCUGUAUUAUAUACCCAUCGUUUCACGAAGGACUCCUUCAUAGCUUGUACAGAACAUCUUUCUAUUUCUAGGAGGGUACCCCCCUGCUGGAGGUUAUCCUGGUGGUCCCCCUGGUGGAUAUGGUAAGUUGUAUACAUUUCUAGCCUCCCCCUCUCUUAUGCCCCCCCCCCUAAUACUCCCCCUCUUUAAUAAGUACACUUCUCUGAUAAAUCCCUCUCUCUCUCUCUUGUAAGCCCUCUCUUUCAAGCUCUACUGUUCAGUAACCCUUUUAAACAUGGCAGAAAUGAAUAAGUCCUCAAGAGCAAAGCUUCAAUUGAAAAGAUUUUACAGUAUUCAAUGGACAACUUGCAUGUUAGACUAAAUUUUAAUCUAAGCAUAUUCUGAAAAGAACAUACUAAAAUUAGUAAAAGUGCAAAAUUUGGUUGCGAAAUGUUGUAAAGCUUGGAAAAUAUAGCUUUGUAAAGUUUGCAUAUUUUCAGUAUAUUUGUAUUACGAGCGGAAAUUGUUACAAUUUUCGGCUCAAAAAUGGUAACAAUUUCCGCACGUAAUACAAAUAUACUGAAAAUAUGCAAAUUUUGCAAAGCUAUAUUUUCCAAGCUUUACAACAUUUCGCAACCAAAUUUUGCAAGUUUACUAAUUUUAAUAAGUUCUUAACGGGAAUUUACUUUUUGUUUUCCUAGAUCGGCUAGAUAAAAAAUUUGUCUAACAUGCAAGUUGUCUAUUACCAAGUCAGAACCGCAAUGUCCAUUAUUAAACACCACCUUUCAUAUUCUAGGAGGUGGUCCCCCACCAGUUGGGUUUGGUGGUGCACCUCCUGGAGGUGCUCCAUAUGGUGGCGCCCCUAGUUACGCCGCAUAUGGCCAGCAACCCCCGCAACAGCAGUAUGGUCAAGCUCCACCCCAACCUGGUUAUGGUCAACCACCCCCACAGCAUGGAUACGGUGGUGCCCAUCAAGGAUAUGGCGGUGCCCCUCAAGGAUAUGGUGGUCACCCCCCUCCUCACGGACAACACCCUCCACAGGCUGGUCACCCUCCAUCACGCCCACCACAACCCGGCGUCAGGGAAGCGCCAGUUCAGGCAUCCAAAGCCCCAAGUGCGGUAAGUGAAAUUCGUGGAAAUAAGAUUUUCAAAAGAGUUUGAAAUUUUCUUCUAUGAAACUUUGCAAGAAUUUCCCCUGGAAAAUUGCAAUGGCAUAGACCCUUUCGAUAAUUACAUCACAUAUCUCAUCUUGGCCUGGUAGCCUCGUUCUCAUGUUUCAAGAUGAACAGUGAUUGGCUCACAAUUCAUGAGAGCGAGACCCCCAGGCCAAAACAAGAUAUGUGACGUAAAUAUCAAAACAAAAUUUUAAUCUAGACAAGUCUUUCAUCACAGCUUGAAAGAGUGUCACAAAAUUAGUAAUAUUCCGAAGUUUCGUUGCGAAAUGUUGUAAAAUGCGGAUAAUAAUCAGUUUGAUCAUCUGAUUAUCAAUUUCCCAAUUGUAAUAUAUACAAAAUGACUGAAAAACGGCAAACCUCGCAAGGCUAUAUUAUCCGCAUUUUACAACAUUUCGCAACGAAACUUCGUAAUAUUACUAAUUUUGUGAUGCUCUAAUUCAAACUGUGAUGAAAUUUUUGUCCAGACUUGUCUAGAUCAAAAUUUCACUCAAAAGGGGAAAGGUCCAUUGACUUCUCUUUUCUCGUGUGUAGCAAGCGGGUCCACCUACAAAACAGCUUCAAAGCAUGUCUUUGCAACAGGUACGUACCGUAUGUCAUUCUGUUCACCGAGGCUUUUACCUUACCCAGAGCAUCGAAACUGGCAAAAAAAUACCGUUGGUGAGAAGGGCUAUUAAUAUUUUUUUAAUAUUUCCUCUACCAGAAAUAUGGCCAUGGUACCGUUAAGGGUGUGUCUCCUUUCGAUUGUGAGGCGGAUUGUGAACUGUUGAGGAAAGCCAUGCGUGGCGUAGGUAAGUUCUUAUUUUAUUUCUCUGAAUCACCUUCAGACUAAAAAAACACACCUGACUGAGUGUAUAGCAUCACUUCACUGGCGCAGUAGUCGCUAGCAAGUGGCUUUCAACUCUGAGAUCGUGGGUUUGAUUCUCACUACGGACUCAUGUGAAAAGAGUCGGUCAACGCUCUGCCGCAAGUCGUGGGUUUUCUCCGCGGUACUCCGGUUUCCUCCCACCGUAACUGUGCUCUGUGAUCGAACACAAGUCAUAAGGUGGCUGCCAGGGCCCAGAGGCGCCCUUAGAAAGCCUUCGACUCGAUCAGGUUGAGCUGCGUCCUUCGUAAUAGACAAUUCCCAUUAUAGACAAUUCCUAUUUUAAAACUAGGCAAGGAGAUGCAAAUAAAUCACCACAGCUAGAAAGAGCAUACUAAAAUUAGUAAAAUUACAAAAUUUGGUUGCGAAAUGUUGUAAAAUGUGGAAAAUAUAGCCUUGCAAAGUUUGCAAAUUUUGUAUACUUUUGUAUUGCGUGUGACAUUUUCGGCCUAAAUGUGGCAGGAAUGUGGUAGGAAUUUCCGCAAGCAAUACAAAAGUAUACAAAAUUUGCGAACUUUGCAAGGUUAUAUUUUCCUCAUUUUACAACAUUUCGCAACCAAACUUUGUAAUUUUUCUUAUUUUAGUAUGCUCUGUCUAGCUGUGGUGAUUUAUUUGAGUUUCCUUACCUAAUUUUAAAAUUAGUCUAUAAUGGGAAUUGUCUAUUCAGCCUAGCUCUCAGCUGCAAGUAAAGUACUAAGGAUGAUUAGCACAACCCACUUAUAAGUUAUAGUAACAAAUAAUUACUGAACCUUGCGCUUAGCGCAAACGAUAAACGUUUACACCAACUACACACGUUAACAUCUCACAACAGAUUUCGCAACAGACUUGUAGCAAGCUUGUCAACAAGUUGUAACAAUGCUGUUAUUUUAUCGAGUUGCUACAAGGUUGUCACUCACAACUUGUAGACAAAUUGUUGAAUUUGAAUUGCAAGACGAUAACAAGUUAAUUGUUGCAACAACUGUAACAAGUCUGUUGGACUCAACAACCUUGUAGCAAGUUGUCAACAAGCUGGGAACAAGCAGUGCGAACACAUUCUGUUGACAAGUUGUUGGAACAGCAUUGCUACAAGUUUGCUGCAGGUUUGUUACAACUUGUGCGUUUUUACGUAUGUAUAUGAUUUUCAUGUUUUCAGGAACUGACGAGCAAGCAUUGAUUGAUAUCCUUGCCACACGUUCAAAUGAACAACGUGUAAAAAUUAGACUGCAGUUUAAGACGAUGUUUGGAAAGGUGAGUAGCGAGUCCUAUGUCCAUACAUCAAAAUCGUUGAUGGCUAUUGUACGUGCUCUAUAAAGUGUUGCACGUGCUCUAUGUAAAGCGUUGUUGUUCGAAUAAAUGCAUAAGCCGCAACAAUUUUCCGCAGAAAGAAAAUUUUGUAAAAUCUGAUUGGCCGACACCAAUUUUCCCGUCGGAAAAAAUUUUGAAGUUGAAAAUUUUCAACUUUUAACAAUGAUAUAUUUGGAAAAUUUUUCGUUCUUGGAAAUUUUUCUUGUGUGGAAAUGGCCAUUAAUAACGAGUCCUACGUUGUUAUUGUACAUCAAUUUUAUGUUUAUAUUCUUCAGGAUUUGAUCAACGAACUGAAGUCGGAAUUGAGUGGAAACUUGGAAGAUUGUUUAUUGGCGAUGAUGGAACCGAAAGUUUUGUAUGAUGCUAAAUGCCUACGUCGGGCAAUGCGGGUACGUCCCUCCUCUGAACUCUUGAUUGCCAGGUUCCUUGUGUCAUGACACUGAACCCCCGUAAACAGUUUAGAACUGAAAGAGCUAGUUGGUUUAGUAAUAAGGAUUCCUCCCAUAGUAACACUGGAUCGAUAAGAGAUGAUCCUUACUGGAUUUCUGGAGAGAACAGUUUAGAACUGAUAUAGAGCUGUUAUAGUUUAGUUUAGGUUUCCUCCUGUGGGAACACUGGGUCAAUAAGAAACUAUCCUUACUGGAUCUAUAGGAAGAACAGUUUAGAACUGAUCAUGAUGCAGCUAUCCAGUAUAAGCUGGUUUAGUUUAGGUUUCCUCCUGUAGUAACACUGAAUCAAUAAGAGAUGAUUCUUACUGGAUCUCUGAAGAGAACAGUUUAGAACUGGUAGAGCUAUCUUUAAACAUAGUUUGUUUAGUUUAGUUUAGGUUAAGUUUCCUCUUGUAUAGUAGUAGCACUGCAUGGAUCAACCGUUACAAAGAACAGUUUAGGGCUGAUAGAGUUAUCUAGUAUAAAUAAAUUUAGAUUAUAUUUGUUCUCUUCUUAAGGGUGCUGGUACUGAUGAAGAAACAUUGAUUGAUAUUUUAUGUUCGAGAAGCAAUGCGGUAAGCCGUAGACGACACACGAGUCUUAGAAACAAAAAAAACAAAAACUCGCAUCAAUGUAUUUUUCGGAGUCCUCCAAUAUCUCAUUAAAAUUCGCUUUCUGAUUUUCCAGGAAAUUCAGAAGAUUAAAGAUGAGUACAAAACAUGUAUGUAUUAAGUCUGAAAUUUUAUCUUAAAUUCAAUGACAGCUGACUUAUUUGUCAUUUGAGACAUGUGACAUAAAUAUAGUCAAAUAUACUUUGCUGUUGCACGUGGAAUAGCGUACAGUAAAAUAUUCCUUUGUUUGUUCGAAGAGCAUUUGAAAAAGGCAAGUUUAGAAUCCGAGGGACAUUCAACAUUUUUAAUUUCCAGGUCUAAAAAAUGGAUAUGUUACUUCAUAGAUAGAGUUUAUUCGAGGUAUAUGAUGUUUUUAUAAUGUAUAUUUCUAGAUUACAAGCGGGACUUGGAGAAAGAUUGUGUUAGUGAAACAAGCGGUCACUUUAAAAGACUUCUUGUCUCCAUGUGUCAGGUAUGGUGAUUUAGUUUAGUUUAUUAAGUUUCUCCCUCAUUGGCGCGACGUAGAACGUAUCAUUACUGAUGUGUUUUCAAACAGACCAUGACUAGCAAAACUUUCCUUCUGUUGUAGGGUAAUCGUGAUGAAACCGACACUGUCGAUAUGGCGAAGGCAACGAAAGAGGCGAACGAUUUAUUCCAGGUAUAAUUAAAUGAUGAAAUUAAGACCAAUUUACACUACACAGCUUUUGCCUAAAGGACCGGUCAUAAAGUAACUGCUAGGGUGGGCUGGAGUGAUUUGGGAUGGGCCAUGGAAAAUCUUUGGGCAGUUUCGAUGGGCCGCCAUUUUUUUGUAUGUCCACGGUUGUGCCACCAAACAAAAACCCAUGCAUGUCUACUUCAAAAAAUAACGAUAUUAAUAAUAAAAGUAAACAAAACUAUCCAAAUUAUCAAAUGCAAAUGAUGCUAUUGAAGUACUAGUACUUUGGAGAGCAGCUCAGUAUGUCAAGCUUGGUGGAAUUAUAUGUAUUUCAAGACUGUGCCGUGUAUACAUAUUUACAAUGUUUAUACCCGCAAGUUUUUUUUUAUUAUAAAAGUGUAUUUUUUCAAGUUAAGAUUGGGUGGGUUAUGAAAAUUUUUUGCAAGAUUAGAUGGGCUUUGAAAUUUGUAUCUAUAUCCCAAGAUGGGUCACUGAACUUAUUGGCAAAAUUUGUGAUUUACUUCCAGCCCACCCUAGCAGUUACUUUAUGACCAGUCCCUAAAACCGUCGCGUGCAACCUGCUUACAACUUUAGUCUUGAGUUGCACUGUGUAAAUCAAGCACUCAACUCGUCUAUGACAAUGUAUGCGAGUCGUGUGCUUGAUUUACACAGUACAAGAAUGGACCAUUUGCAUUAUAGACUAAAUUUUGAUCUAGACAAAAAUUUCACAAAAUUAGUAAUAUUCCAAAGUUUCGUUGCGAAAUGUUGUAAAAUGCGGAUAAUAUAGCCUUACGAAGUUUGCCGUUUUUCAGUCAUUUUGUAUUACGCACGGGAAAUUGACAGCCCAAUCGGGUGUUGGGGCAACAAUUUCUCGUUUGUAAUACAAAAUGACUGAAAAUUGCAAAUUUCGCAAGGCUAUAUUAUCCGCAUUUUACAACAUUUCGCAACGAAACUUUGGAAUGUUGCUAAUUUUGUGAUGCUCUUUCAAGCUGUGAUGAAAAUUUUGUCUAGAUCAAAAUUUAGUCUAUAAUGCAAAUGGUCCAUUGUCUAGUGUAAAUCGUCCUUUAUAGUUUUCCUCGUAUAGGCUGUUGCGUCUUUGUGACGUCAACCCGUCUUUUUAUAUUUUUGUUUUGCAAUGUAGGCAGGUGAGAAAAAAUGGGGGACGGACGAAUCUCGAUUUAAUGUCGUUCUUGCUUCGAGAAACUUCAAACAGCUCAAUGCCACCUUUAAUGAAUAUGUCAAGGUAAUUAUCAUAUUGUGCUCUUAA